AUGGAAGAGAAGCUAUCUUCAGUUGCAAAAACUUUUACUCCAUCUCCAAUUCAAGAGCUCUCACACCUUGCUCAGGGAUGCAAUGCCAUUAACUUAGCCGAGGGCUUCCCUGAUUUCCCCGCUCCUCCUUGUAUCAAACAAGCUGCAAUUUCAGCCAUUAACAAUGACCUCAACCAGUACAGGCAUGUGCAAGGAAUUUGUGAUCUGUUGGCUCUUAAAAUGAAGGAAAUCCAUGGCUUAAACAUUGACCCUUUGACUGAUAUAGCUAUUUGCUGUGGACAAUCCGAGGCAUUUGCAGCUACAGUAUAUGUGCCGCUCGAUCCGCCUCGGUGGACCUUGGACUCUGAGAAAUUUUCGAGGUACAGUCCUCACAACCCAACUGGCAAAGUUUUCUCCAGAGAAGAGCUCGAAGUUAUUGCCGAAUGUUGUCGUCGAUGGGAUUGCGUCGCUAUAACGGAUGAAGUAUAUGAAUACAUAACUUUUGAUAACCAAAAGCAUGAGACCAUCGCCUCGCUUCCGGGAAUGCAGGAGCGGACUAUUAUAACAUCGUCGUUGUCUAAAACUUUUAGCAUUACAGGUCCAAAGACAAAGCUAACCAUAGUAAUUUUAACUGCUGAAAAUGCUAAAUGCAUUACAGUUACAAAGCUUAUUUAUUGCUUGGUAUUCAUGCUUGUUCAUUUGGUUGUUAUUUUGGGAUUUAGAGUGCCCCGUUAUGUUUUUUCAGGAUGGAGAAUUGGAUGGGCUAUUGCUCCAGCUUCUGCUGCAUCCGCAAUCCGAAACAUUCACGUCAAAAUUACCGAUUCAGCUCCAGCUCCUUUCCAGGAAGCUGCCUUGACUGCUUUGAGCAGCCCCCCCAACUACUUCGAAACACUCAGAAUAGAAUAUCAGUUGAAAAGAGAUUUCUGUAUGAAGUUGCUCGAUUCGGUCGGUUUCCGGAUUCAAUUCAAGCCCCAGGGUUCCUUUUUUUUGUUUGCAGAGCUUCCAAAGGAUUGCUUGCUAUCCGAUGUGGAAUAUGUGAAGGAACUGAUCGAACAAGCCGGGGUCGUGGUUGUACCGGGACGCGGAUUUUUCCGCGGUCCGGACCGACCUUCGGAUGGAAGUUGCAGAUAUCAAAAGAGGUAUAUCAGGGUUGCAUUUUGCAAAAGUGAUGCCACAUUGAGUGCUGCAGCACAAAAGUUUGGUGAGCUAAGUUAUACUGCUAGAGAAGGAUGA